AUGCCGGCCGCAGCUGAGCGCGACGACCGUGGUGCUUCGGGGUUUCCAGUGUUGGCGGAGGAGGCAGCCAUCGCAGCUGCAGGUCUAGGAUCGAGUGAGAAACUCCUCCACCAGCGGCCCCGGAGCCGGUCCACGUCUCCUCCCGGCGCAGAGAGGACCCAAGAUCGCACGCCGAGGUCCCAGAGUAGACCGGGCUCGCCUGCAACGGCGGAAGAGGGAGAAAACCCUUUCUCUCAGGCUCGCCGGCCAUCCACGGCACGUUCGACUACCGAGUCUCCGACGGCGGUGCCGCUGCAUUUCCGUCGACCCCCAACAUCACCGGGCCUGCAACGAGCCGUGCCUACCGGGUCGCCCACCGCUGUCUCUCCCAGUUCUCCUACGCAGCUGCGCCACCGCCGCCCGAACUCAAUUGAGUUCCGCAACUCGCGUGAGAUCCGUCCGCUGUGGCUGGUUGAGCGGCAUGGUGCAGCCAAGACCGAGGGCGAGCCGGACGAGCCAUUGCCGUCGCUUCCCUCGAGCAAGACCUCGUCGCGCGCCCCGUCUGUCGAGGAUCUGCGAUCCCUGCACGACGAGGAUGCCGUGAGGAGCUGGGAGCCCGUGGACUUCAGCGAGUCCCUCAUGGACAGGCGCAGGCCCACCGGCCUUACCAUUUCGACCGAUCGCGCCAAUGAGGCCGGUGAUGGAGAGCCUGAUAUUCUGGAUUCGCAGGAAGUUACUCCUACGGCGCAGACCUUUGGCCAUGAGGUAGAGGACUCGACUAAGAAGGAAAAGCCCAAGUACGAGUUCCACUCUCCUUCGGAGCUUCUGCAGGACCCGAGCUCGUAUGGGGAGCUGCCUGAGUCGCCUGCCUUGGAGAGUCUCCCUUUUGCGGAGGGAUCGAUGGUCGGCACCAAGGACCUGCCUCCAGAUGAUGGUGCGGCAGAACCCCAGCAAGAGCGUGGCCUUGAUUCCCAGCAGCCGGAAACACAACCUGAACUUGAGACGCCUACUCAGGAAAAGUCUUCAUUCUUCAGCGGUGGCGAUAUUGCUAAAGGGGCGGGCUUCGCGGGUGUCGUUGAUGCCGCUGUAUCUGCCGCUGUGAGAGGGAAUGAUAAGUCAAUUCCCUCUGCACACAAGGAAAUCACCGAGUCUGAAUUUGUGUCUUAUGACAAGGAUGAACCGACCACAGAGCCCUCUUCUGCCCCCGAGGCGACGACGCAGGGAUUUGCCAACGUUGUGGAUGCUGCUGUCGCCACGGGAGUAUCUUCCCAGGCCAAGGAACCCGCUCAUAAAGUCCCAGAAGAGCCAGUGACUGCAAUUAAGGAAAAGCCUCCAACAGAACUCGAGCCCACUCUGCAAACCCAGACAGAAGAGGCUAAGGAACUGGUUUCUGAAUCCGUGGAACAGCCAAGUGAACCUGCCCAGCCUCAACCCUCUGAAGAAGCAGCUGUCGAAGAUGUUGCCACCACAUCAUCUUCUAAGAAGAACAAGAAAAAGAAGAAGGGAAAGAAGAACCAGGCCAGCCAGAGCGUGGAUCUGGCAUCUUCAGAACCUGCGCCAGUUCCCGAAGAAACCACCCCGGCCGUUGAAGUACCAGAAGCGCAACCGGACACUGUCGAGCCCGAGGCCGUCCCCAGAAGUGUCGAGGAGGAUGCUAGUUCCCACCCCCAGGUUGAACAACCGUUCGGGGAGACAUCCAAACAACCCGAGGCUGAACCCGUAAGCACUGCAUCGCCCGAGCCUGUCGAGCCUGCGGCUGGUCCUGAACCCGAGCCGGAGCUUGACUCCACGCCCGCUACACCCGCCGAGACUGAGCAACCCGAGGAUGCUGCUUCAUUGUCCAAGAAGGCUAAGCGUGACAAGAAGAAGCAGAAGAAGAAAUCCAAGAACGUCUCCACCACCGAACAGGUGGAUGAGAGCGCUGGUGCUGUGCAGCCCAGCGAUGACGCUUCUGCUUCGAGAGAGGUCCAGGUCGAACAAGAAGAGAAGCCAGCUGCAUCUGUUGAGGAUGGGGUAGGAGCUAAGCCCGGCGAGGACGUUGCGGCUUUGGAUGAGCCUGCUGAGAGCAAGCUGCAAGAUAGCGCUACUCCUGAUGUCUCUGUGCCUGUUGAAGAGACGCAGGAACCCCAAGAAACUCGCAGUCUCGAGGGCCCGCCAGAGCAGGUCCUUGAUGAGGCCCCCAAGGAAGACGUACCUGUUUCUUCGAUUGAAGAACCAUCCUUGCCUGUGGGAAAUGCGGCAGAUUCCAUUGCGGAACCCACGCCAGCUGAGACUACCGUACCUGAAGGCCAAGAGCCUGAAGAGAAAUUCAUCGACGCGCCAGUCGCUGACAAGGCCGACGAGGAUAUCACCCCGCUAGCAGUGACCCCCGAAGAGACCGCCGCUGCGGAUGCCCCGACAAAACCAGCCGAGGCCGAUACAGAAGCGGAGAGCUUCCACGAGGCUGUUGAAGAACAGCCAGAGCUAGCCGAGAAAUCCAAAGACCUUGAACCGGAGCCUGCUGCCGACGUGGCUGUAGAUGCCCCGGUCUCGAGUGAGCCUCAGGAGGUCGUGGCAGAAGAAGAAGCUCAGGAGCAGCCAAAGAAGAGGGGCAAGAAGGGGAAGAAGAAGAAUCGCAAGUCUGUCACUUUUGAAGAGACAAAUACCCCACCCGAGCCUGCUCUCUCUUCCGCUCCCGAGCCUGAGUCUGCCCCGGAGCCCGCGCCUGAGCCUGUGGUCGCAGAGCUGAAACCCGAGCAAUCGACCGCUGUUGAGACUGCCGAUUCCGAGGCUUCUGCAGCCGCCGCUGAGACGCAGCCCUCCGAUGCUGAAGUGACCACCAGGAAUGUUGAACUACCCUCUGAAACCACUGCCGAGGAAGCUGCUGUCACUCAGGAACAGGAGUCUGCCCCCUCUGGUAGCAAUGUCGAAGCAGCAGAAACCCCCGCUGAACCAGCUGGAACCACUGAGGACUCCCUUCGGGAUGUGCCAGAGGAACCUGCCACUGAGACGGCACCCGAGCCUGAACCAGAAGUCCCCAUGACGCCAGCACAGAAGAAAAAGGCCAAGAAGGACAAAAAGAAGAGCAAGCAGCAAAGUGUUUUUUCGAUUCCGGAUGUAGAGACCUCGACUAAGCCUAUUCAUUCUGAAAGUCAGUUCGCUGAGCCAGCGCCUGCUGAAGAGGCAACGCCUGCGCUUGUGGAUGACAGUGCCGCUGCUGAUACUGCUAAGGAGAUACCUUCGGCAUCUGAAGACGCAUCAGCAGACACUCAUGCGGAUGAACUUACACCAGCGCCUGAGAGUGAGAUUGCUGCCACUCUUACCGAGAGCCAUGCUCCUGCGGCAUCCGAAGAGGCACCGGCAGAUGUGCCCGCACAAGAGCCUGCACAGGAUAAGAUCCCUGCAGUGGAGGGACCGACGGAAGAAGACCCCAAGCAUGAGCCUACCCUUGAAACCCCCGUCGAAACGGUGGAAGCAGAGGCUCCGAAAGAGGAACCUGUUGCGGCACAAGAGCCUGCUCAGGAUGCCCCCGCUGUCGAGCCAGAAGUCCCUAUGACGGCCGCUCAAAGAAAGAAGGCGAAGAAGGCGAAGAAGAAGCAGCAGAGCCAGAGCCCCAUUGCCGAUGAGACGCAGCCUACCGAGAGUGUACCGGUACCUGAUGCUAAAUCUCCCGAGUGCACCAAGGAAUUUGCGCCUGUUCCUGUGCCUCAGGCUUCAGCAGACGCUGAUGUUCCUGUGCCAACUGACUCUCAAGCCGCUGAGCCCGCUGCUGAUAUUCCUCCCGUUUCUGAGGAGACCACUGCCCCUGUCGAUGUGGCUCCAGAGGAAGAAAAGAAAGAAGAGCCGGCCGAGAAAGAUGAGAACCUCGAGACAGAGCCGCAACUUGAGGCCGAAGGUCCUAAGACCAGUGAAUCGGAAGCCGUGGCUGCUCCGGAAGCACCAAGUGCCCCAGGAGAGACCGAGACUCCUCGUGAGGAGCCAGAAGCCCCUCCAGCAGAACCUGACGUCCCCAUGACUGCUGCGCAGAAGAAAAAGGCCAAGAGGGACAAGAAGAAGCAACAAAAGCAGCAGUCUACGCAGCCAGAGGAGUUGCUUGCGACGGAGACCGAGCCUACGACUACCGAGCCCCCUCCCGCUGAAUCAGAGCAAAAGGACACGCAAGAAAAUGCGGAUGCCGCUCCCGAGGCUGAGUCUGCGGCUCCCACAGAUGCUGCCUCCUCCGCUAUUGCUGAGUCUACGAUUGGCCAAGACACUUCGGUAAACGAGCCCACUCACGCCGAUACUGAGCGUGAAGUCCAGGGUGAUAAGAAGGCACAGGAGGAGCAGACACAAGAUACAUCGGUUGUGGAAAAAGAAGCCUCCGUUAAGCCUUCUCCAGAGAAAGCUGUUUCAACUGCACCAGAGGAGGCUGAGCAGUCGACAGCUGAAGCCACUGCUCCUGCGAAAACGGUUCAGGAGGUACCCAAGAAUGAUACCGCAGAGGGGGAAGAGCCUGCGUUGGAGAAGCCCUUGGAUGAUACAACUGCGGACGACAAGACUACAGAGGACAAGGCCUUGUCUGACCAGCCUCAAACUGAGACCGCGGCACCCGUGGAGUCUUUGCAGGAGCCCACACUGGACGAAGCAACUGCAGCUACCGAGUCAACGGAAACUACAGUGGCAGAGCAAAUCGAAGAACAUCAGCCAGUCACAUCUGCAAAGUCAAAGAAACAGAAGAAGAAAGACAAGAAGCGCCAAUCUCUUUCUUUGGAGCAGGAGCCCAGACCGGUUGAGGAACAAGUCACUGAGCCCAGACCCAGUGAGCACACCGAAGAGCCCGCCUCCAAAGAAAAUGAGGCUUUUUCCGCCCUGCAUGAAGAAGCACCGAAGCCUGAGGAGGCCGUGCCGGAAGAUCCUGCUCCGCAGGACAUUGCUCCUGAGCAGCCAACCACUGAGAAUGUCGAAGCCGAGCCCCAUCCCGCAGUUUCCAAGAAGAAGUCCAAGAAAGACAAGAAGCGCAAAUCCGUUUCUUGGGGCGAUGAAGCGGCUGCUGCUCAAGUGGAAGUGCCUCAGACGGAGCAAGAGUCAUCUGCUGUUAAGGAGGGUGAGACACAAGACUCUGCUGCUACUGAAGCUGUCUCGCUUUCAGAUCCAACUGAGACACCCUUGGAUACCACUGAAGCGGUUGAAACCCCCCUGGGCCAGGAGUCUACUAAUGCAGGAGUACGAACCCUGGAUGAUGGAGACCACAAGGCAGUGGAAGCCCCCGAGACCAUCGUCGACUCGACCGAGACAGCUCCAUCAGAAGAGGUCAAAGACACUACUGAGCCCGAGCCCGAGCCCGAGCUCGCUACACGCAUAGAAGCCCCAGAGGACGAGGAAUUGAAAGAGCCAGAGUUGGAGACGUCCAAGUCGCCUGCUCCCGACGAGCAGCCAGAGCCUGUCACCGAACCCAUUGCCCAGCCUGAGCAGCAAGCCCCCAUCCCAGAUGAUUCCGAGUCCCCAAGUGCCCCGGCUGCCGAGGAAGAGCCAGAGGUGGCCAUGUCAGCCAAGGAACGGCGCAAAGCAAAGAAGAAGGAUAAAAAGAAGGGGAAGUCGGUGGAUUCGACUGAUGAAGUACCGCCCGUGAGGUCUGAAGUGGCCAAGGAGCCAGACGCUUCUACGGAUGUUCAGGCCGAAGCACCAAUACCCGCAGAGCCGGACACAACUCCUGAGGUGAAGGAGGUCGAAACCUCCCAGCCAAAAGAUGAGACCGUGGAACAAGAAACUCCGGAGUCAAACGAGCCUGCGGAACAGAUCCCCGAGAAGAUGCCCACUGAUCUCGAAGCCCCUCAACCUGAGGAGCUCGAGACCAGAGAAUCCGAGCCCGAGCAGGCUUCUGCGCCAGAGCAUCUUGAACAAAAGGAGCCGGAGGAAACGCUGCCAGCCGCUGAGACGGCUGCUGAGUCCGAGCCUACUGCUCCAAAGGAGGCAGAGGAGGCUAUCCAGGAGACCGCCGAGCCGAAAGACGAAAGCGCCAUGUCAGCCAAGGAGCGACGGAAAGCAAAGAAGAAGGACAAGAAGCGCCAGUCAAAGAACGUUGAUGCCAAUGAUGACGCCACUCUCGCCGAAGCUCCCUCUGCUGCCGAACCGUCCGUGCAAGAACCCGUCGUCCCCGAAGAUGCCGCCCACGAUGCCGAGAAAACAGUUCCCUCGACCGAGACAGACACCCCGGACUCCCUACCCGUGACGGCACCCUCGCCUGCGGAAGAUGACGGUAAAGACCAUCAGUCCCGCAACAUAGAAACGCACGAUGCACCAGCACAUGAUUUGGCUUCGACUGAUGAGUUCGUGUCUUCGCAGGUAGAGCAGCCGCAGUUAGAGAGUCGUUCUUCAGAUUAUCUUCCCCAGCCCGUGCUUGAGCGUGAAUUUCAGCCCACAGAGGUAGCGAAGGAGGAUGGGCAGGAGGAGGAUGAUGCUGUGAUUCAACAGAAAGAGGUAUCAAACGUGGUGGAAGAUGUUGCUGAUGGUGAAAUUGAGAAGGAAAAUGUUGAGAAAUCAGGGGAUGAAGUACUCAUGCCCGGAGAUGUGGAGGAGGCGAACAACCCCGAACCUGUCGACGUUGUGGAUGCCGAGGAAAAGCCGACUAAGCUGAAGGAAGAGGAGGACAAGAAGGAGACGACACAGGAGCCGCUUGCAGGGGCGCCUGCCGAGGCUGACCCGGAGGCAAUUGUUGCUCCUACGCAAGAAACCCCUGCCGAAGACGAGUCCUCGCAGCCUGCCUUGUCCAAGAAAGAAAAGAAGAAGAACAAAAAGAAGAAGCAAAAACAGCAAGAGAUCCCUGUUGAAGAGGAAACACGAGCUCCUGAGCCUGAGCCUGAGCAAGCCAAGGAGCCAGAAGCUGUACCUAAUGCCUCUGCACCCGAGAAAGACGCAGCUAUUGAGCCGGAAAGGCCCGCCGAUACAGAGACCGCAGAAGCCCCGGAAAUACCAGCAGCAGAUCAGACAGAGACUUUCGACUCAACUGCACCUCAGCCGUCUGAAGAGGUCCAGGAAACAGAGACGAAAGCUCCAGAGACAGAGACUGUUGCGCCCGACACCGAAUCAUUCGAAGCGGAACCCUUGUCAAGGAAGUUGAGCAAAAAAGAAAAGAAGAAACAACGCCAACUUCUUCUUGCGCAGGAAGCAGAAGCAAAAUCACAACAUGAUGAACAGCAAUCAGUGGAUGCUCCGGCCUCGGGUCCUGAAAUCGAAACAAGCCACCCGGCUGCUGAUUAUCAACAAAGCCAACAGGCUGUUGAACCAAGUGAAUCAACAGCGGAGCCUCUUGACGCCAUGGAGGACGCUGACAAAGAACCCGAGCCCCUUACCAAAGAGAUUGAACAACCCAUCCUGAGUGAGGAGGCCGAACAGCCAAUUCCAACCCAAGAACCCGAAGAGCCAGUCCCGACUGAAGAGGACCAACAGCUGCGGCCAACAGAAGAGGUUGAACAGGACACUGACCUUGAGCCCCUGCCAAGCGAGGCCAAAACGGAUGAAUACUAUGAAGCGCCAGUUGCUGCCAUGGUUGAAACUACAGAACAAGCGUCCGCCGAGCAGGUGGAUGGGCAAGAAGAACAAAAAGCCGUUGAACCAGCUACGCAACCAGAGGAUGAGUCGCCAACUGUCUCUAGAAAGAAGAGCAAGAAAGACAAGAAAAAGGCCGCCGCUGCCGCGGCGAUCGAGGAAGACAAAUCUCUUGAACCACAUCCUCCAACAGAGGAGUCGUCAAAGCUUGCUGAACAGGCGACCGAGGCUGUGGCCGAACAGACAACCACCGAGGAGACACAGCCUUUUGAAUCCCAAGAAAAGCCAGUGAUAGAGCCUGAGCAAGGAUUCGACGACCUGCCGACCACGCAACAAUCUGAAGCCGACAAAGAAGGCACAGAACGGCCAGAAGAGCUAAGACAGAUUGAGCCCGCGGAGCCAGAGCCCACCUCACAGACGGAGAAGCCAGCAGAAGAACCCGCCGCGGCUGAGCCUUUUACUCGCAAGCUUUCUAAGAAGGAAAGGAGAAAGGCCAAGAAACAGACAAAACAAGAGCCAACUGAAGAUGCUCAACCUGAAGACGUUUCUGCGCCGGAACCUGAGCCUAGCGUGGGGGAGGAGACCGUGGAGCCUGUUGCCGAGACUCAGUCCAAAGACAUUGAAGCCGAACCCCUGGUUAUAUCCGAGGACCCAACGGUGGCGCCUGCAGACAAGAAACCAGAAGAAAGCGAGCCAGACCAACCUCGUGUUUCACUCGAUCCUUUCGACAAGCCCUCGUCUCCUGAAGUGCAGGGCCAAGAAGCUCCAACAGAGUUCCCUGACGAGACCACCGUCGAUCAGGUUCAGAACGAGGAAGUCUCCCCUGAAAGGCAGGAAGCAUCAGACCAAGAGGCCCAGCGUCGGCUGCAAGCACAAGCCCUUGAGAAAGCAGCCGAUUUAGAGGUCGCCGGGGACAUGUUCGAGGACCGACCUCGAGAGCCAGAGCCAGUACAGGCCCUCUCCAAAAAGGUGUCCAAGAAGGAGAAGCGCAAAGCCAAGAAGAAGGGUGUCAUUGAAGAGGCCCCGGUGCACGAGCAAGAGGAACCGACCCCAGAGCUUGCCAUCGAAUCCACGGAUACUGAAACCCCUGUGCCCGAGCCUGCUGUGGAAUCUGAAUCUGCAUCCCAACCUCAGCCUGAAAAAGAUCUACAAUCUCCCAAAGAACUUGAUACUGAUCGAGAGUCCUCAUCAGCUGUUCCCGGGUUGAACACAGAAGAAACAGCCCAGCCAGUGGGGGAGUCACACCCUGCAGCGGAGCCGGCAGCCGAUAAGGACCUCGCAGCGGUCGUUCCUGAGUCAACCACGGAGGAGCAGGACGCCCCGCUUUCUCGAAAGGCUUCGAAGAAGAAGGCGAAGAAGGCGAAGAAAGCAUUGGCCGCAGAGCCGAUCGAAAACAAAUUCGACCAGACCGCUGCACCUGCUCUCGAGCAAGAAUCGUCAAAAACGCAAGAAGCUGAGGUCCUGGACCAGGUAACAUCAAAGGCCGGCCAUGAUGAAGAGUGGCCUACGAUUGAAUGGGAACAUGGCAAAGUCGACCAUUCCCAGCAAUCGCGGGACUUGGCUCCUGAGCCUGAGCCAGUUGUACCCGCACAGCACCCAGAGACAAUUGGCGAGUUCGACGAGACUGCUAUCCCUGCUGCUUUGCAGGAGGCCCAGAAGGUGCCCGAAGAAGCGGCCGAGGACGCUUGGUCCAUGCCUUUGAGCAAGAAAGACAAAAAGAAGGCCAAGAAAAACAAGAAGGCACAGGACACCGCCCCUACAGCAGCUGAACUUGAAGAGCCAGCUCCUACGCUCUCCAAUGACAAGGCCAUUGAGCAGGCAGCUCCAGAACUAAAGCCAGAACCAACGCCGACCCCCGAGAAGACCCAAAUUGAGCCUCCCGUGAGAUCGUUGAGCCCUGGGGGGUCCAAGAUUGCCAGUCUAUUCCCUGGCCUCGAGCGCGGGGGAUUUCGACGAGCCCCUUUGGACAUUCAAUCACCGUCGCUAAAAGAUAGUGCUGAAGAAGAGACCGCAGCGGACCAGGAAGCGAAUCGCGACAUUGCGAUCCCCGUCUCGGAAGCACCCAUCGCGACCAUUGAACCCAAGAAGACAGUCGAGACCAGUCCUGAAAUGCCCACUGGGACUGAACGGGACAUUGAGGCUACAAAUAUAGACGAUCAUGUUGAAGCGGAACAGCCUACUGCUACGGAGGAAUCGACAAAGGAACCGGGGCUCCCGGUGCACGACGAGGCUUCCUUCGAUGCCCUAUCGCCAGUGCCGAUGCAUUCCGCCUCCAAGGAGCGGUCUUCUAUUCUUUUUGGCUCCUCUCCAUCUACUCGGACUGAGGAUGUUUCCUCGCCCAGACAUCCUCUGCCUUCUCAGGAAACCGCAGACGAUUCCCCCUGUGGGCUGCGUCGAGCGCCAUCGAUCAUCCAUGGGCGGCACCAACAAACCCCCAGAACGUGGAGUCUGGAGGAGCCUUCGAUUCAAGCCGUGCAAGGCCCAUCACCACCUCGGUCGCUCUUUGGAGGGCCGCUGGGAGACGAGACGGUUUCUCGGCCGCGGACUCCACUGGACACUAUUGCGGAGCAGGAACCGGGGGACGCAGACAAUGCGACCAUGGGUCGCCAUGGGACACCCCGUCUGGAGGUCAAGCGUGAGCAUGUCUUACCACGACCUCAGACACCAGUUCGCAAAUUCACGGACAAUGCACUGGCCCGAGAAGCAUGGCCGACACCGGAAAAUGAAAAACGCAAAAGUCCCGGCGAUGGUUUUUACCGUAAAGGCUCACCAAUUCUCCAAACGCCCGAGCAGGGCAUGCCCAUCUUGAAGUCCAGCAGCAGCAAGGGCAAGUUGCGCCGCACAAACCGCAGCACUAGCGAUGAUCUGCGGGCGGCUAGUCGCGCGCUAGACGAUUCCCAGCCUCCGACACUCGAUCUCGAUCAGCUUCCUUCUUCUUCCUCCUACGACCCCGUCAAUGACAAGGGCAAACGUCCCCUGCGAAACAUGCCCGAUGUUUAUGAAGGAUGGGGUGAGACGCCCAGCUCCCCGCGGUCGCCCAGCCGACCGCCGAGUGUCCGCCGCCGCCGCAGCAUGCAACACCUCCAAGAUCUUGAAUCCCGCCUCGACCAGCUCAUUUCAGACAACCGCUUGCUGAUCGCCGCCCGAGAUGAAGCUGAAGAUAAAUUGCGGAAUUCCAGUGUCGCUCGCCGGAAGAGCGACCAGGCCCUCAACACCCGUGGUGCCGACUUGCGGGACAAGGAGGCCGAAGUGGAACAACUGAAGAAUUCGGUGGAAUGGCUGCAGAAGGAGAUGUCCCGUCUGACCCAAGAAAACGAAGGCCUGACAGCUUCCAAUGCGGCCCUCGCUGCCGCCCAUGCCGCCGACGUUCACAAUGUUCGCGAAUCGUCCACACGCGAACUGGCCGACUUGAGGUCGCAACACGACCAGCUCUCAUCCCAGAUCGACGAGCGUGUGCGACAGGAGAUUGAAUCAGCGCUCGCGCAGAAAGAUGCUGAAUUGCGCCGCCUGCGUGAAGAACUCGAGGAUGCUCGCGACAAGGUCAAGGAGCUGCAGCAACAGAUCGCCGCGUCGGUACAUGACAACGCCCUUGUCUUCCGUGACGAGGACUACUUCGACGCAGCGUGCCAAAAACUAUGUGGCCACGUCCAGCAAUGGGUCUUGCGCUUCUCCAAGCACUCGGAUCACCGUCGCUGUCGCGCGCUCGGUGAGUUGCACGAUGAAAAGAUCGCCGAUCGGUUUGACAACGCUCUUCUUGACGGUUCCGACGCUGAUGCCUACCUGGCGGAUCGGGUCCGUCGACGCGAUGUGUUUAUGUCAGUCGUCAUGACCAUGGUGUGGGAAUACAUCUUCACCCGCUACUUGUUUGGUAUGGACCGGGAGCAGCGCCAGAAACUCAAGUCGCUGGAAAAACAGCUCGGUGACGUUGGUCCUCGGCGCGCCGUGCAUCGCUGGCGUGCCACUACGCUGACUCUGCUGUCACGGCGACCCGCCUUCGCCGCGCAGCGUGAAAGUGAUACAGAGGCUGUCGCGCUGGAAAUCUUUGGCACCCUAUCGCGAGUCCUUCUGCCUCCCACCCACGUCGAAUCCCAGCUGCUCGACUCCCUUCGCAAGGUCCUGCGCGUUGCCGUCAAUCUUUCUCUUGAGAUGCGCUGUCAAUUGGCCGAGUUCAUUAUGUUGCCGCCGUUGCAACCCGAAUACGACACCAACGGCGACCUGGCGCGACAGGUCUUCUUUAAUGCGUCGUUGAUGAACGAGCGCAGCGGCGAGACUACAUCCAACGAUGAGCUGGAGUCUCAACAGGCUGCAGUGCGCAUCGUGCUCUUCCCUCUCGUUGUCAAGAAGGGCAACGAUGUCGGCGAAGGCGACGACGAGGUUGUCGUCUGCCCUGCCCAGGUCCUCGUGGCCCGCCCGGGCAAAGACAAAAAAUUGGCACGGGUGAUGAGCGGUGACCGCAUGUCCUUGGAUGCCACCAAGUCGGUCCACAGCGUGGCGCCGUCAUCCAUGAUGGACAUGAACAAUGCGAUCUGA